GCAGCUGCGCUUGGUAGUGGAAAUUGCUACAUACAUGGUAGUCAUUGUAGGACAGGUAUCAGUUCGAGAGUGGAGGCAAUAGUUUUCAGUAUGUAUAGAAAGUUGCAUUAUAAUCGACUUGUCAACUACGUUCUUCUUAUUUUGGCGUUUUACGCGUGUUACCUGAUCAGAACGCAACUGCGAUUGGCUGGAGUUACACCAUGGACAGCUUCGGAAAAUACAAAACAAACGAAGCCACGUGAUGCUAGUAUUGUUCAAGCCAUAGAGAAGCUGGUAAUAGAGAGUAAGGAUGUCUGCUUGGAGCACGUAGACGUCGUACCAAUGUGCGAACCAGUGAGAAAAGUAGUUUUCACAAAGACACACAAAACCGGGAGUACUACCUUAGCGUCGAUCAUUGAAAGAUACGGCUAUACGCGAAAUUUGUCGUUUGUCGUACCGCCGGAUAGAAAAAACGGGCCACACAUUUUAUCCAUGAAUCAUUUAUUCCACCGCAACAUGGCGAAAAAGUCAGCGCCUCCAUUGAAUGGAGGCGAAUAUUAUGACAUGCUGACCAAUCAUGUGCGUUAUAAUCGACCGGAAAUGGAUGCUGUACUCCCUAACGCGACCCACAUAACUAUAAUACGUCAUCCAGCGAAGCACUUCGAGUCAUCUUUCUCAUAUUUCUUGUGGGGCAGGGACGUGAAAAAGGAGCACGGCGACGUUAACGUGGGUGAUCAAAUAGCGACUUUUAUGGAAACUCCGGAAAAAUACAUUAAAAACAAAAUUUAUUUUUGGUGGCAGGCGCAUAAUGGGCAGCUAUUUGAUCUUGGGUUAAGUACGGAUGAUACUGAUAAUCAUACCACGGUGAGCAAAAAAAUACAAGCUCUUGAAAAGGAGAUGGAAUUUAUUCUUAUCGCAGACCACUUUGACGAAUCGUUGCUUAUAUUAAAAAAGAAAUUCUGUUGGACAAUGGAUGAUAUAUUGUACAUACCGAACGGCGUACGAAGUAAACAAUUCCGCAGGGAGAUGUCAGAGGAAACACGUGCGCGCAUUUUGGACUGGAAUGAUUCCGAUUUAAAACUAUUCGAAUAUUUUAACAAAACUCUCUGGCAAAACAUUGCUGAGUACGGUCCCUGUUUUGAAAGGGAUUUACAAUAUUUUCGUGAGAAGCGACAGAAAGUGAUGGAUGAGUGCAUUGGCCCUAGUCAAGUUGUCAAGAAAGACCCGCGAGAAACUAGAUACGUGCUGAAAGAAAACGCAUCGGAACUGUGCCUCAACAUGUGGCGUGGUGACGUCACAUUCACCAAGUUUAUCAGAAAUAAACAGUUAUCCAGAAUUGUACACCCUCUCAACAAUUAA